GCGGAAGCUGAUGACAAAACACAACAACAUGUCACGCAGCUGGCGACGAGUGGCGGUCAACGCGCAAGCGUGGACGCCAACAGCAAAGGAGUUUGCGGGUGCGAUAGCACGGGUGCAGCGAGAUGAACGCGAGCGCAUCCUUCGGUUUAGGUUCAUCCAAGAUGCCAAGAGUAGCUUGGUUGGGCGGUUGUUAUUGAGAUAUCUAGUGCAGGAAGAGCUUGGCGUGCCAAACGCUGAGAUUGAGCUGGUGCGGGAGGAAAGUGGUCGCCCCGUGCUGCGGUGCCCGGAACACGUGUCGCAGUUGCGAUUUAACGUCUCUCAUGCAGGGUCAUAUGUGGUAAUGGCAGCUGAUUCGGAGCGCGAGAUUGGCGUGGAUGUCAUGGACCAUCGACGGCCCUUGCAUGAUGAUGUGGAGCGGUUCUUCGAGCUCAUGACAACCACCUUCACGCCAAAGGAAUGGGACAACAUUCGCCGAUCCGACACCCACGGCACAGCCCUUCUUGAGUUUUAUCGCUACUGGACGCUAAAGGAGAGCUAUAUCAAGGCCAUUGGUCUUGGCCUGCGCAUGGAUCUUCAGCGGUUACAGUUUGCCUCAGAUCCCCGUCUCUCACACGCACAAGACGACUUGAUGGCCGUGGUGGAUGGUGCGACGUGCGAGGUGGAUGGCGAGCGGUUGUCAGACUGGACGUUUGAGCAGUGUCAUCUUGAUCCGCGGCACUGCGUCUCCGUCUGCGUACACCGUUCUCCCGGCUCCUAUCGCCCACAGCCCUUUGUGAUUAUGGACACAGCAGCCGUCAUUGAUGCCCUGGCGCCGCUGCGUGAGGAUGAACUUGACGAUCCCGCCGUCAUGGGCAUCUUCGCCCAAAUGAAGGACAAGCCGCAACGCCAAUAGCAGGACGCUCGCGCACGUGCGUGUGUUCGUGUAUCGUGUGUGUGUGUGUGUGUGUGUGUACCUGUGUGUGUGUGUGUGUGUCUGCAAUGAAGAUCAAGCAAAAGCAGCUGCUUGUUCAAACACAAACGCA